AUGGAGCUGCGGUGGAUCACCAGCCUGUCAUGGCUGCUCUCCUUGUGUGGCAUGAUACUUGCGGCCAUGGAGGUGAAAGACGAUAUGAGCAUUCGGAAGAUACCUCUCCGCUCUCAAUCCCUCCAAGCUCCAUACCUCGAUUCCGACAUGCAGUCCCGCUACUUUGAGUUUGGAGAAGACACCAUAAUCCGAGCAGAUCAAUACAUACGGCUCACAUCGGAUCGACAAGGACAGAUGGGAUGGCUUUUUGCUAGAAUGCCCAUGACGGCCAACAAUUGGCAGGUGGAAAUGGAGUUUAAGAUCCAUGGGGCGGGGCAUCUGCAUGGCGAUGGAAUGGCCAUAUGGAUGACAGAGGAAAGAGCACAACCGGGCAAGGUGUUUGGCAGUAGAGAUCAAUUUAACGGGCUGGGCGUUUUUAUCGACACAUACAAGAAUUCGAGGCCAGGGACAGUGUUCCCGUACGUGAUGGCCAUGCUUGGAAAUAGCAGCGUGACAUAUGACAAAGACCAUGAUGGCAAAGAGAAUGAGCUUGCAGGUUGCUCGGCAAGAGGCAUACGCGGCGCCGAGGACCCACCGACGAAAAAAAUCCGAUUGACGUACUAUCAAGACGCAUCAUUGAAAGUCGAGUUGCAAUACAAGAAAGAUGCUGCGCCCGAUGAGUGGACGGAGUGCUUCGAAACAGGAGCUAUCAAAUUGCCACAAACGACAUACCUAGGCUUCACUGCUGAGACAGGAGAGUUGUCAGAUAAUCACGACAUUAUCAGUGUGAAUACGCACAACUUACAUAUACGGAACCACAAACCGGUAGAUAACAAGAAGGAAGGAUCAGCAACUCAGCCGAAAGUACCUGAGGCUCGUCCAUACAAUCCUGGAGGGGAGAAAGAGAGAGGAAGCUGGAGAUGGUUCCUCCUAAAGAUCGUGCUGUUUGGUAUCGUAGUCGUUGGUGGCUAUGUGGGAUGGACGGUAUAUAGAGCGAACAAAAGGACGAGAUUUUGA